AUGUCUAAUCGAGACGACGAAAAUUUACAACAUCUCUGCCAAUUUCUGGUCAAUCAUAAUGCAGCCAGUGGUACAUUGCAAUUUGACAAAAGCGAAUUCUCACGUUUACCUGAUGAUGCGAACACUAUGUCUCAACCGACACCCGAAGAUUUGAAACAAGUGGGCGAUGCUCUAUAUCAUUCACUUACCGUUGGUCCACAUAGCAUGAUGAUUGGAACAGAUGGAGGAUCGGUCCAAUUUAUUGCUGCUCAAUUCAAGAAUAUGAACAUGCGAGGAAGUAAACUUGAGCCAAAAGUCAUUGAAGUAGCACUAACAAAAAUCAUUGAUAAUCUGGAUCAGUAUCCUCAGCUCAACGCAAUCAAAUGUAAUUUAUCAUACAACGAUAAUGGUUCAAUGAUGACUGCAAAGGGCGUGCGAACAUUCUGUGUCAAGGGACGACAGUAA